GUUUGAAGCAAAAACGGCCAAGUGAAAAUGGAUUUUGGAUAAGCAGAGUAGGGACGAAGAAGAAGAAGAGGACAAGAGAUGAUGACGACACCAGGGGGAAACGGGAGAUUCAAGGCGUUACCGACGGCGAUGUACGCGGGAUACUCAGGAACGGCGUCGUCUUGGGUAGCGAAGACAUCGGUAUCAGCGUCAGGGAAGAGGAUACAGAGAGAGAUGGCUGAGCUAAACGUGGAUCCGCCUCCUGAGUGUUCAGCUGGUCCCAAAGGAGAUAAUCUGUACCAUUGGAUCGCCACCAUCAUUGGUCCCUCUGGGACUCCUUAUGAAGGAGGGAUCUUUUUUCUUGAUAUGAUUUUUCCGUCUGAUUAUCCUUUUAAACCACCAAAGGUGGUGUUCAAGACUCGGAUCUACCAUUGCAAUGUCGAUACUUCAGGGAAUCUGAGUGUGGAGAUUCUAAGAGAUAGUUGGAGUCCGGCUCUUACAAUCACAAAAGUCUUGCAAGCCAUUAGAUCCAUCUUUUUAAAACCUGAGACAUACAAUCCAGCUUUACCAGUGAUUGCACGGCUCUACCUGUCAGAUAGAGAAAAGCAUGAGGAGGUAGCAAAAGAGUGGACAUUGCGAUUUGCCAAGUGAACAAAGAUUUGAGAGACUUUUUAAUACGAGGAAAGACAAAAAAGAGAGAUAUUAUUGUACGUACACCUUGUUAUUUUGAUGAAUGAUCCCAAUCAAGGCAUCCACACCAAAGUGGAACAACAAUGUUAGAUGACCAAAGAAAUAUUGUUUGCACUGAGAAUAGUUAACAAUGUCAGGGUAGGACCUAUCCUCAUCAAUAACUAUAAUUCCAAUCUUGUGUCAAAAACUUUUUAUUUUGAGAACCAAAGACUAUAUGGUUUCGAAC